UCAAACCAAGCAAGUCAAGAUGUUUAUCAAGUGCAUUCUUCUGCUGUCGGCCAUCAGCUUCCUGUCCGCAGGACGACUUCCCCAGCCGGAAGAACGCAUCAUCGGUGGAAAAAAUAUUGAAAUUGAAGAUGCUCCGUGGCAGGUGUCCUUACAAUUUCUAGGAAAACAUCGUUGUGGUGGUUCUAUUUACAGCAAGGACAUUAUCAUCACUGCUGCUCACUGCCGUUUUGCUGCCGGAGGAGUAGAACUUGGAGCUGAAUACUUCCAAGUUCGCGUAGGAUCCUCACUUAAAGACCGCGACGGGAGUCUAAUCAAUGUGAAAGCAAUUAAAUCACACGAGGAGUAUAACAACCCUAAAUUUGCAAACGACGUUGCUGUGAUGCGAUUGAGUGAUUUCCUUGCGUUCUCAAGCAAAGUGCAGCCGAUCCCCUUAGCCAAAAAAAAUCCGCUACCUGGGACUCUUGCGAUGGCUUCUGGUUGGGGAGCAACGAAACUCAUUUCACCCGAUAUAGAUUUAAUAAUACAGAAACAUCGUGAUCAUCUUAGAAGCAUACUCAUUCCUAUUGUCCCAAAUUGUCGGGAAUUUCUGGAAGCCACGGAUGAUAACAUUUGUGUCUAUUCUCCUGGACAAUCGACUUGUUCCUCCGAUUCUGGUGGACCCUUGGUUGUUGACCAGCAACUUGUCGGUGUUGCCUCAUUUGCUUCAAGACUUUGCCAUAGCUCUUCAGCCUUCGCAGGCAUCCCUUCUUUCCGGAACUGGAUUUUAAAUGCCACUAAAUAUAUUUAGAUGAUUAUUUUAAAAAAGAAACCGGAAAAAACAAACAAAAUAACAAUCAGUAAAAGAAAAAUAAAUCAUUAAAAUGGA